GAGCAGAGGGGGGUUCCCCCUGCCACAGAUCAAGCCACCGGGCCUUGAACCUGACCCCUCCGGCUCAUCUAGGGCGAGCUUGUCACAUUGCAUUCCCGCUGGUGCAUUGUUGCCACAGGAGCUCCUCAAUGGUUUUGAGGGAGAUAGUGUGGCCGUCCAUCUAACAAACCUCCUCUCUCCCCUCCCCGAUCUCUGCGUGCUCCCGGUUUUGACACAGGAGACAAAACCCGCGGAGAGGACUAUGAAUGGUAAAGCACCGAGGAGGCCGAGGGAGAGCAAAAGGAGGCGGUGUGCCUUUGUAGUCGGGGAGGAAUGCGGAAAUGUCCCCGCUCCGUGUCAAACCUCUCUGAAGGGGGUCAGGCCACAUUCAGCCGGCGUGGGAAAGCCAGGCAGAGACGGAGCUCACACAAGGCGAGUGAGGCUGCAGUCGCAUAGGCCUAUCCGCGGAUAUAUGGAAGAAAAAAAAAACAGAAGAAAGAAAGAAAGAAAGGAGAAAAUCCAAAGAAGAGCGUGGUUCUGGAGGGCUAUAUCACGCGUUUGCCUUUGUCCUAUGACCCCCCUUCCCAAUCAUACACCCCCUCCCCUCCACACACAAAGUUGAAGUGAGAGUGUGUGCGCGCAAGUUUGCGUACGGCCCACCACCGCCGCCGCCACCUCCUCCUCCGCCUGUGCUCGUUUUUGGUGUCUGCCUGGGCUGGUGUAGUCUGAGGGGAUGGGGGGUUAGAGCCUGCACUGUCAACUACCUGUGUGGCCCCGGCAUGGAGGAAAGUGGACAGGGAUGCAUUUGACGGAGCAGUUUUUAUCCGACACACGAAAGCGUCCUCAGCGUUAUACCGGGCAUGCCGACGUUGCGACGUUGUAUUGACAACAUAAAACAAGGCAUUGCAUGUGCCAACUUUUUUCUCUGAAAAUGCCUUUGUAAGAGAGUCUGGCUCGUCAUCCUCGCCCGGGAUUCCCCGCAAUAUUUUCAACAAGAGAAGAAGAAGGGGGGAAAAAUUCUGCAAAAAUGGACAAAGAAAGUAUUGGUACUCAGUAUGAGCCUGUGGCCGAGAUUGGAGAAGGCGCCUACGGGAAAGUGUACAAGGCGAGAGAUUUGAAGAACGGGGGACGCUUUGUUGCCCUAAAAAGAGUUCGUGUCCAGACGGAGGAAGAAGGCAUGCCGCUCUCCACCAUCCGCGAGGUGGCGGUGCUGAGGCAGCUUGAAGCCUUUGAGCACCCCAAUGUUGUCAGGUUGUUUGAUGUGUGCACAGUCUCUCGGACUGACCGAGAAACCAAACUCACUCUGGUCUUUGAGCAUGUAGAUCAGGACCUGACCACCUACCUGGAAAAGGCUCCUGACCCUGGAGUACCACCUGAGACCAUCAAGGAUAUGAUGUACCAGCUGCUCCAGGGGUUAGACUUCCUGCACUCGCACCGCGUGGUUCACCGUGACCUAAAACCCCAAAACAUCCUGGUCACCAGCGGAGGACAGAUCAAACUGGCUGACUUUGGUCUAGCUCGCAUCUACAGCUUCCAGAUGGCGCUCACGUCAGUGGUGGUGACACUGUGGUACAGAGCCCCAGAAGUGCUGCUCCAGUCAAGUUACGCUACACCGGUGGACCUGUGGAGUGUCGGCUGUAUCUUUGCUGAGAUGUUCAGGAGAAGGCCGCUGUUUAGAGGAAACUCGGAUGUUGAUCAGCUUGGAAAGAUUUUUGAUGUUGUCGGGGUACCCUCGGCAGACGACUGGCCCCAGGAAGUAGCCCUGCCACAGAGUGCCUUCACACCCCGGCCCCCGAAACCAAUAGAAGACCUAGUUCCAGACAUGGACGAGCAGGGACGGGCCUUGUUAAUGCAAUUCCUCACCUUCAACCCGUCCAGGAGAAUAUCGGCCUUCACUGCGUUGAGUCACCCCUACUUUCAAAGCGUGGACAGCCACAGCAGAAGUGUGUACGCAGCCCAGCCCAUCCCCAGCAACAAGUCCACGAUGGAGGAGAGGAGUGCCUGAAAGUCCUCUUUUUUUUCCCCCUUUAACCGCCCCCCACGUUCCCGUGGCUAUAAGUAGUAUUUAACGUACCCUUCCUAAAAAGUUUGUCAUGUUUUAUUUCAGCGUUAAAACAAAGUACAUUAAUAAAGGUUUUUUUUGGCACUGAUUACCAGAAAAAGGUUUCCCUUUCAACAAAUCCACUCAAAUCAAGUAAAAACAAAACAGCUGGUUACAGGAGAGUUCACCAUCUCAAGAAAAUAUCUACCGUAAGAGUCCAGAAGAAGCAUCAGUGUUUGAGUACUGCAGCUUUUCUCCAUCAUGAUGACACCAUUCUGUGAUGAGGUUUACAUUGUGAAUUUCAAAAUCUAUCCUUUGGUUUAUUGAUCUCCCCACUCAAGUCCUCAGUGACCUCCUGCAGAGAUGCGUCACCACCAACAUAUAGCACUUAGUUAUUGGUCAGAAAGCUUUAAUUGAGGGGCGAUUGCCGAGCUGUGUUUUAAUGUUUGUCCUACGUGCCAAAUACAAGCUGACAAGUAAUGAGAUUUUCCAGCUGUUGGGCCCUGCAGGCUUGAUGUUAACUAAGGAACAGCACAUCUGGGUCUCCAUCAGCAGCGCUCAGCCACGUUAGUUCAAUUCAGUUUUAUUUAUUUCAGAAAGAUAAAGGCCAAAUCACAACAGCAGUCACCUGGAGAUGCUUUAUUUUGAAAGGUAGAGACCCUACCUGAUAAGCGAUGAGUUCGCACUCCUUAAUAGGUAACUUUGUUAAACGUUUUGUCUUUAUGACUUUUUUCUGAUAAUCGGUGUCAAAAAAAGCAUCAUUAAUGUUUCAUAUAAAACGAAGCCUAAAACAGACUAGAGUGGGCAAAUACUUUCCCCACUGGGGCGUAUAAAACGCUCUGUGGAGCGGGGAGCGGGUGAAGAUGGCGUCAAAGGGAUGGCACCAAACGCCCCCCAGAACCCUGCGCACACAAGCUGUCAUCCUUCCACGAACUGAUGGAUUGUAAAUGCUGCUUUCAGGAUGUGAAAUGUUGUGUAACAAUGCAAAGUGACCCGAUCCUCAUAUUGACUUGGAGUUGGGACUGUAGAGUCCGAAGAGCAGAAACCUCCUUAUGCCCAGUGUUUAUCCUUAACAAUAGAAAAGAAAAAAAAAGACUCUGGACUGCAGGAGAGAGAGAUAGAGGACCAGACCAGAGCCUGGAUGGAUCUCACCUGCCUCUUUAUUUUUGUUGUUCUAUUGUCUUGUUUGUUUGUUUUUAUAAAUAGCUUGCUUACUGCUGGUGUGUGCAGUGAGAAGACGAACGUUUCACACGCACAUUUAUUGUCCCCACUGCCGCUGACAUAAGCACGCUCAUGUACCCAUGUACUCACUCAGACAUUGUUAGGCAUCACAAACCAGCCACCCACUGCCAUGUCCAUUAUCAUUCCAGUUUUACCUAUAAUAAUGGUGCCACCUUGUGGAAGUGUGGAGUAACUGCAGACCAGUAGCAGGAUUCUAAUGGUUUCUGCACACAUCGAGGAACUCGUAACGGGGCUGAUAUCGGUGCUGAGACAAUGAGACAUCUUGGAGUUGUUCCUACCACUUACAUAGACUUUGACUUUUUAAUGACUUUUAGCUGUACCAUCGUGAACUCUUUGUUUUAUAAUUAUUGUGAAAUCCAAUUAUUUCUUUCCAAAUCAUACCGUAAUGCACAGACAGACCUGCAGGAAGUGUCAAAGAGAGACCCACAAGCACUAUUCAUUCAACAUGGUAGAAUUUUGGCACACUUUUGUGUCACUAAUAUUCUGUAUUUAAUUUUAAUUUUAUUGACGAGUCUUAUAUACUUGUAACUUGAUUUUUUAUUAUUUUUUUUUAAUGCUGGGGUAUACAGUGUUCUUACACCAGUGACGCCAACUCAUUAAAGGAUUGUAGAGUCCGUGUAAGAAUAGUUUGACGUUGUAAGGAAUGUAUAAAGGAAAAGCAUUGGUACUGUACAGUAAAUUGUGCUAGUUCUAAAGUACAAGCUGUAACAAUAGAAACCUUUUGAUACGUGCAUUUGUCAGCACAUAGACAUGUCGUUAAAACGGAUAGACGUAGAGUAGCGAGGGUCUGCAGAAUGUCGCAUGGCGAGAGUUGUUUCUUUGUUUUCUGUUUUAUUUGCGUGGGGUGGGUUGUUCCGAUGGAUUUCUUUUACCAUGUGUUGAGAACUACUACGGAUUUUCCAGUAGUUUUGAUGACGAUGUGAUGCACAAUAUUUUGUGUACAGUUUCUGCUUUAUUUUACCUUGGCGUGCCGUUCUAUCCAAGUUAAGUUUUGACCCGCAAGGUAAAAGCAAGCUUUUCCAGAGUUGUAUUUUUGUAUUUAGUAGUUCUUGCAGAACAGUAACAUUGUAACACUGGUUUUUGUUUUGGGGUUUCGUAACAGGUAGUGCUUUUAGCACACAGACACACACAGACUCAAUCUCUGACUUUCUCAGGUUCUCUCCACGGACGUCCGAAACCUUUCGGGCACAGUUUGCACAUCUCUGGGUUACUGAAUGACUACAAUACAACUUCUUCAGGUUCUCUGUCAAGCUGUCUAAGGAUCGUAUCAUUGAUCACAAUCUACUGUCUUUACUAUUUAUCGAAUAUAUGUUACUGUAGUCCUUACUGUCUGAAGAUAACUGCCUGUAUAAACUGUUCUUGCCACAAACUAAUGGCCAGGUGGCAAACAUGACAGAAAUACAUGUCUGCUUAACACUGUGUGAUUUACAUGUAUUCUUCUUUUUUUUUUCUAUUUGAUAACGACUCAUUUCUGGUGUAAGUGGCAUCUACAAUGCAAUGAAAGCUACAAAUGCGUUAGACACGGAGGUUUACAUUUAAAAUAUUGACUGCUUUAAUCUCAUUACAGUUAAUACAGUCACUGUGUGCUUUCUUAUGAUUUAACCAAUCUGUAAUGCUCUUCAGUCUCAUAACAACUGAAAUCCACUGCUGAACUCUAAGCAGUGUCACUAUUUUUGAACGUCGCUUCAUCCAUCACUCAGAUUGGCAUUAUACUUGUGUAUGAAUGCAUCGGUGUCUUAUUAUUAUGUUGCACCAGCUGAAUAAAAAGCAGCUUUUUAUUAA